AUGAUGGAUCGACUGUCGAAAGCGAAGGUCUUCACUAAGCUGGAUCUACGUGACGCCUAUCACAGGCUCCAGAUCAAGGAGGGCAAUGAGUGGAAGACCGCGUUCAAGACGCGAUACGGUCAUUUCGAAUACCUGGUCAUGCCGUUCAGGCUGGCCAACGCACCAGCCACGUUCCAAUCCUAUAUCUACUGA